AUGGCGUUCCCGUACCCGAUUAACACUCGCGUCACUUCGCGUACUUUUGAUAAAAUACAAUGCGAUCGUCGACGACAAGAAUUGGAGCAUAAUGCUUUAAAAAAGUUUACGCAAAAUAAUCAAUUACAGACGCUACAGAAUCAGUCAGACGUUAAUGUGGCAUUUCGUCGUCGUACGAACUAUGCGGCUCAAUUGUCAGCUGAACGCAUGUUUGAUGAGACUCAUAUGCAAAAUCAAAGCGAUCGACACCGUGCUGAACGUGAGAAACAACAGAAUGAGGCGCUAGCAUGUGCACUUGAAACGAAUUACAAGGUUCAAGAACAAGAAGAGCGAAAUGUGCAGCGAAUUUGUGAGGCUAGUGAAGAGCUACGCGAACUUGAAUCAUUCCUUAAAACGGCUUAUAUGAAUAAAGAUCGAGCUAAGCAGCAACUUGAGCGUGAAAUGCUUGCAGCUCGAGAUCGUCAGCGUGAAAUGGCAAUUGAACAGCAAAUGGAGUACGAUCGUCAACGCGCACUUGUUGAAUAUCAAAAUGAAGAGGUGAGAAAACGAGUUGAGGCUGAAGAGGGCAAACGGGUACUUCAGACUCAAAUGAUUCAGCGUCAGGAGUUACGACGUGAGGCUCAACUUGAGGCAGAUGGAGAGCGACAGAAAAUUGAACAGCUCAUGCAGCAGGUUGAGCUUGAGGAUGCUGCAGAGAUCGCACGUCGAGAUAAAGCACGUGAAGAAACACGUGAGAUGAUCACGCAAACUCUUCGAGAACGCGAUCGUGUGAAACAGGAACAAGUGGCGGUUAUACGACAGGAAGACGAAGCUAUUGCGAGGUACCAACGACACAUAGCAGCCCGUGAGGCAGGUAUUAAAGCUGCUACAGACGUUAAAAAAGCACAGGAAGAUGCCAUGUUUCGUGCUGUGGAAGCCGAGAUUCAAGCUAAUAUGCGCAAGGAUGAAGAAAUUGAACGUUUGCGCGAUCAAUUAUGGGAAGAAGAAUUGUUGCUGAAAAAGCGUGCAGAGGAGGAUGAAAAACGAGCUGCAAAAGAAAAAGCAAAGGAUGAGAUGAUACGUAGCAAUGAAAUGCAAAUGCAGCUCAAACAGGAAUUGCGUGCUCGUCAACGUGCUGACGAAGACGCGUUUAAUGAAAUGCUUAAGGAAAGAUUUCGAUCUGAGGAACGCCGAGAAAUGGAGCUUGCCGUAUUUCGUCGAAAACAGCGCGAGGAAUUUGUUGGUGAGAUUGCACGCCACCGUGCACUUAAGCAAGAAAUGGUGCAUGCUGAACUUGAGCGCGAACGACACGAACGGGAGCGUCAGGAGCAGGAUGAAAACUAUCGACGCCAGGUGGUUGAGGCUGCGAAGCGGCGUUUACUGCGCGAACACGCCGAUGUGUUGCAAGAUUACUUGCCGCGUGCAUUGCGUCCGACCUCGUCUUCAAGCAAUUCUAUUAUUCGCUGA